AAGGUGUUCAAAGGGCUUUCGUUUCUCCUCCCUUCUCGGUUGCUAGGAGGGGGCCUGGCUCCAGCUGCUCAGUACUGAACAGGUGAAAAUGUCCACUAUGACCCAGAAAUAUUUCCCGGAAGGUCAGGCCUACUCUGUUCCCCUCAUCCAGCCUGACCUCCGCAGGGAGGAAGUUAUUCAUCAGAUAGCGGACACACUUCAAUAUUUGCAAAAAAUCUCAGGUGACAUCUUCAACAGGAUCUCCCAACAAGUGGAAGCCAGCCGGGCACAACUACGAGCAAUCAAUGAGCGGGUCACCCUUGCCCAAGCCAAAAUUGAGAAGAUAAAAGGCAGCAAGAAGGCUAUUAAGGUGUUUUCCAGCUCCAAAUUCCCUGCCCCAGAACGGCUGCAAGAAUAUGCUUCCAUCUUCGCUGGCGCUCAGGAUCCAGAGGCACAGAAACAACCAAGGCACAAAAUUCAGAGCAAGCACAGACCCUUGGAUGAGAAGUCCUUACAGGAGAAGUUGAAGUACUUCCCGGUUUCAGUUACCACCAGAGUCCACCAUGAAGAUGAUGCAGAAGAAGGCCUGGGCAGUCUUCCCAGAAACAUUAGCUCCCUCAGCUCCCUAUUGCUCUUCAACACCACCGAGAACCUGUAUAAGAAAUACGUCUUUCUCGAUCCUUUGGCUGGCGCAGUAACCAAGACCCAUGUGGCUCUGGAGUCAGAGGGGGAAGAAAAGCUUUUUGACGCCCCUCUGUCUAUCACCAAGAGGGGGCAAAUUGAUCAGCUGGUGGCUGAAAAUUACUUCUAUGUACCAGACCUAGGGCAAGUACCCGAGAUAGACGUGCCAUCCUAUCUGCCCGACUUGCCUGGCAUUGCUGCAGACCUCAUGUAUAGCGCUGACCUUGGCCCUGGCAUUGCACCGUCUGCUCCUGGGGUUGCUAUACCCGAGCUGCCCACCUUCAGCACCGAACCCACAGAGGUCUUCCGACCAGAUCUUCAAGAGGGGGGACCUCCCCCUCCUCCCCCUCCCCCUCCACCCCCUCCCCCUGAAAUUCCUGUUCAUAUCCCACCUCCCCCUCCUCUUCCACAAGCGCCACCUCCUUCUGAAUCUCAAACGAGGGAAGACAGAAGCAAUGCCAUGCCAUCUGCUGCUGUUCAAGGAGCACCAAAAGAAGUUGUGAAUCCAUCAAGUGGCCGGGCCACUCUUCUGGAAUCCAUCCGCCAAGCUGGUGGCAUUGGGAAGGCCAAGCUCCGUAGUGUCAAAGAGAGGAAACUAGAAAAGAAAAAGCAGAAAGAGAAGGAGCAAGUGGGAGCUACUGGGCAAGGCGGAGAUCUGAUGUCAGAUCUUUUUAACAAACUGGUCCUCCGGCGCAAAGGCAUUUCAGGCAAAGGGCCAGCCGCUGGUGGAGACAGCAAUGCGCCCAAUGUUCCAGCUGGUGCCUUUGGCCGCAUCUCAGACACCAUUCCACCCCUGCCACCCCCACAACAGCCACCUGGGGAAGAGGAUGAAGACGACUGGGCUUCCUAGAUGGCACUUCAGAAGGAAGGCAAUAUAUGGAGGCUUUGACAGAGGCGCAUCUUGUUAUUUGACAUGUCCAUCUUUUUUUUUUUUUUUUUUUGGAGUACUUACUACAGUGGAUGGUGCCAUCUUGCCAUUCAAUCCAGAACAGCAACAAGAAUAUAAUUACGCACACAGAAGAAUCUGCACCGGGCCAUUUGUCUUCAAGGAUGAGAGCGAAUUUCCAUCUUAGAAAGAGCCUCCGUGGUGGAACGUGAAAACGUUUGGCCAUUUGGCAUCUGUAGCAAGACUCAGUUGCUGGGAACUGGAAGGUUUCAGAGGGUACCCAGCCACUGCUGAGAACGGCUUCUGUUUUCUUUCAACACUCAUACCCCCUUUCAGCUCUGUAAAGAAGGGCAUUUGGCUGUUUGGUGCAAUUAUUAUAUACAAAGUAGCAUUUUACUCUACUAUUUGCUUUGAAUGCCCUAAACGGAAACCUGAAAGAAGCCCAUUUUCACAUCCGUGUGCAAUAAGAACCCUUUUCAAGGGACAAAACUGGAAUGGAGGGUGGUGCAUUAUUAGCUUGCAUAUAGGAAAAUAUAUUAACCUCUUUCACAAAAAGGCGCACUUUGCUUUA